AGCGUCCACCAACACCACGAGCUACGAGAUCCUCAAGCUGACGCCCUACACGCUCUACUCCAUCUACGUGCGCCACCUUCGUCAUUCUACCAGAGAGCAGCAGAACCACCUCAUCGGAGAGCCGUCGGCCACGCUAGUCGUGCGCACCAUGGCCAGCCGCCCUCCAGCACCCGGACAUCAAGCUGGACCCGCUCUCGCCGACGAAGCUGAGGGUGACGUGGGCGCCGCUGAGCCUGGAGGAGGCGCGGGGGGCGGUGGUCAAGCAGAAGAUCCAGUGGCGGAGGUGGAGGAUGCACUUCUUCGAGAACGCGGAGCUGUCCGAGGACGACGUCGAGUUCGAGAUUCGAGACCUCCGGCCCAACAAGCGGUACGAGGUGCGCGUGCUCGUGGCCACGGAGUCGGGCUACCCGGAGCACGAGUCCAACCUGCCCUGGAAGCACAUCCGCAUGCCCUCGGACGCCGCCCUCAGCACGGCGCCCGUCGUGCACCUCAGCGUCGACAGCGAGGCGCCCGACAGCAUCCAGGUCGACUGGGUGCUGCCUGACCAGCUCCGCACGAAGGUGUUGUGGUUUGUUCUCACGUACAACAGCACGGCGCAGAACAAGGUCACGAGGGACCUGGAGGCUUCCAGCACCUCGUACGUUCUCCAUCAGCUGGAGCCCCGCACCAACUACACCGUCAAACUGGAGCCCAUGUACAAGAUCGGCCGCGCCGGCUCGGGCGUCAGCCGCACCAUCCGGACGCUCCCCAUCGACGCCCACCCGACGCCCGCCCACGGCCACCUGCGGAAGAUGGGCGUCAAGAACCUCAAGGUCAAGACACUCAACUCCACCUGCAUCCAGAUGUCGUGGCGCCCCGCCGGCCGCAGGGUCACGCCCGACUUCUACACGGUCAAGAUGGUCAACCUGGGCCUCCGGCGCGAGGAGGGGGCGGGGCCAGGAGACCUCUGGGUGGGCGAGCGCGGGCGGACAGACUUCUCGUGGAUAAAGGCGAGCAGGGAUUCCCCUCGUCGGAAAACACGGUCAAGAAAUCCCAGACGAGAGACGGGAAGAGGAGAGAAGAGACGAGAGACCGCAACAAAGAAAGAGAAGCAACUAAAGAAGAAGGAGAAGAAGGGGGAGAAAGAGGAGGAAGAGAAGGAGAAGGAGAACACGAAGAAGAAGCAUUAGAAGGAGAAUUCGAAGAAGGAGAACACAGGAGAAAUCACGAUAACGAACGAAGAGGAGGAGGAGCAGGAAGAGAAGAAAUAGAAGGCAAUGAGGAAGAUUACCCCGUUCGAUACAUCCGGGUCACGAGAAGGUCAAUCCUGCAGUGU